ACCUUAUUUCGAAGAAUUGUAAAGUCUCUAAAGAACAUUUUGUAAACAUUUUAUGGAACUCUAACCUGGCUGUGGCUAGACCAUUUCACAAUGUGGUGAGUAACUUUACUGACUUCGACUUGACUAAAUUCUCCUACUGUGAUUAUUGCAUUAUAGUUAGCUAAUUCGCAGCAGGCAUAAAAAGGACAAAGAUACAGUUAGGACCAUUAUAACUGGAAUCAGUAUGGUAUCAUUUCGCUCAAUUCACUAAAUGCAUGAAGACUUAAUGCUGGAAUCGCCUAAGCUAGCCUAUUUAGUAGCCUAAUUUUGCAUUCGCAGAUGCAUGACAUUUUGCAUCAUCAUCAAAUAUUCUGAUCAAAAAACGUAAUGUUUGUGUGUGGUAAAGCUAAACGUCUUUGUCGUUGGGCUGUGAUGGUAAACCAAAUGAAACUCGUUAAAAAAAUGACAAUUGAAACUGGAAGUUGAUAACAUUAUGGUAUUGUUUUUUAUGUUGCUGACCAAGGCUGAACUCGAAGAACGCGUAAUUAGGUUAGCUACAUAUUUGCCAUUACACCUUCAGAGAAUCUCGGCUCAAAGAUCACCUUCUCACCGUUGAACUUUGCAAGGGGUGAAUUGUCAUGGAUUUGCAAGCCAUUUUUUUGCCACACAAUAAAACUUUGUUAUAGCCUAAGUCGAGCGACAUGGCGAAAACAGUGAACUUUUUUUCUUUCUACAGUAUUCAGCUGCCACGUCUUGAAGACCUUGGAAGACAUCAUUCUCCUGAGCUGUGUCGAUGACUGAAUGCCAGCAUGCCUCUUGUAGAGUUUGUUGCUGGAUGGGUUUCAGGUGCUGUAGGAUUAGCUGUGGGACAUCCAAUGGACACAGUAAAGGUACGCAUUCAGACCCAGUCCAAGUAUAAAGGGAUAAUUGAUUGUGUCAAAAAGACAUACGCACAUGAAGGGGUCCCUGGCUUUUUUAAGGGCAUGGCAUUCCCUGUCUUGUCUGUUGCCAUCAGCAAUUCCGUGCUCUUUGGUUCCUAUAGUAAUGCCUUGGACUACCUCACCCAGUCCCAGAGGAAUGACCGCAGCCAAGGCAACCAGGCAUCAGCAGCUGCUGUCUUUACAGCUGGAUGCUUUUCAGGUGUUGCACAGGUGUUUGUGACGGCGCCCAUAGACCUGGUGAAGGUGCGUCUGCAGAGCCAGACUAAAGGCCGGGCUGGUUUGGGAGGGGACAAGUACAGGGGCCCCAUGCACUGUGUCUCCAUGAUCCUGAGGGAGGAGGGGGUCAGGGGGCUGUUCAGGGGAAUGUGGGCCCUCGCACUGAGGGACGUGCCUUGCUAUGGACUCUACUUCCUGCCUUAUGAGCUCAUGGUCAGGAUGCUGACUGACAAGGACAGACAACCAGGUACUUUUGCGGUGUUGAUGGCGGGUGGCGUGGCCGGCGUGGUGACGUGGGCCUUUGCGACCCCGAUGGACGUGGUGAAGGCCCGGCUGCAGAUGGUGGGUGCGGGCGGCCGGGUCUACCGGGGCGUGCUGCACUGCAUCGCCGUGAGCGCGCGCGAGGAGGGCCCGCGAGUCUUCUUCAAGGGCCUCCUCCUCAACAGCCUCAGGGCCUUCCCGGUCAACGCGGUCACCUUCCUCAGCUAUGAGAGCCUCAUGACGGCGUUAACGUCAGACGGCUCCCACCGUUGACACACACACACACACACACACACACACAGCUGUCAGGCAGCUCCAGCCUCCCUCUCCCUUUAGAUGAGCCAUAUCCAUGUACAGUGUUACCCCACACACACACACACACACACGCACACACACACGUCAGGCAGCUCCAGCCUUCCUCUCCCUUUAGAUGAGCCAUAUCCAUGUACAGUGCUACCUGAACACUCCACUGCACUCAGUCACUUAGUCACAGUCAGUAGCCAAAUGGAACUUGCAUGUCUACUUGUGUUUUUAACAGUACUGUGAACCAGUCGCUCCAUCCCGUUUGGUCUGCCUAACUGUCUUUUGAACACAUGCUAGGCUCAGUAAGAGAAUGUACUGCCAAGAACAGGACUUUUAUCAGUCAGUACUGAUUUAUUCCAGAUAAGUGGUUUUUGUGAGAGACUACGACGCCGUGGAAAUAUUUAUGGCUGACUGAACUGAGAGUGUAGAGGAGGGAAUGUGUGAAAAGUCAGUCCUGUUGUAUUGCAGGUGUGUAGUCCCAACAAAGACAUCACCGUGGAAAUCAAGUAAAAUGGACCAAACGGAGAGGAAUAUCACUUGAAAUAAAAAUCACUCCAAAGUAUCACUGCUCUCUGUGGAGGAAACGAGAGAAAGACCAGUAGUGUGAAUGUUUUCAGCUCUAGUACUAUGUUUACUCUGCCAUGCCUUUAAUACAUUAAAGUAUGACGUGUCUAUUCUGUGCACAAACUUAAAUAAAUGAGGUUGCC